UUCUUCUCGAGAGUACUUCAUACUUUUCAGAUAAUCCAGCUAGAAUGUCCAAUACAAUGGAGCUGGGACUGAAUGAGAAAUUUAUCGAGCUAUAUGAAAAGCUAAAGGAUGAGGCACCAAAAACAAUUGUUAUUUAUGGCGAGUCCGGAGUUGGGAAAACAUGGAUGGCUAAGAAGUUAAGUGAUCAUGCAGUUGAGGAUGGUAGCUUUGAUUUAAGCAUUUGGAUAUUUAUGUGUAGAGAUCAUGACAUGAAAGCUCUUCGCGACACUGUAGCUCGCCAGAUGUCUAUACAACUGGAGUACAGUGAUGAGUGGGAGAUGACGGAUGAGAUUAAUGAAGAUGAGAAGAAGGAAGCUGCUAAUGACAAGAAAGAUAGCAAAAAGGACGAGGAGAUGAAGAAGAAGGAAGAGGAGGAUAGAAAGAAGAAGGGAGAGGAGGAGAAAAUGAAGAAGGAAAAGACGAUUAAAGAUUUGAUGGAUCGUGCAAUAUCUGAGAAGAAGAGGAUUCUUUUUGUUUUGGAUGAUGAGGGAAGUAAAGUGAAGCAAGGAGAUAUCAUGGCGGAUUUGGAGAAUUUGCUUCAUCUUGAAAAACGAGGAAUUCCAUUCAAGGUUUUGGUUACUAGAGUCACAAGCGGUGAAGCUCCUGAUGAAUUUAGGUUUGAGCUGAAAGCUUUAGCCGAUCAGCAGUUAUCUUCUUUUCUGGUGGAAAGAAUUGGUGAUGGUGUUCCGGGCUUGGCUACUUGGGCUAAAGAUUUUCAUACAAAAUGCAAGAGUUUGAGUAUAGCUGAUAUCAUUGUGCUAGCAAAAGCCUUGUGUCAUUUUGGGAAGGAUGGUUCCUGGCUUAAGCAACUAGACGAAAAAGUUUCAUCUUUUAAUGACAAGUACAAUGUAAUGCAGUUACUUUUUAAGGAAUAUGACCCGUUGCCAAGCAUUAUUUUACUGGACUUCUUAUACAAAGGCGACCUGCACUAUUUUCUUAAGAGCAGAAGUGUGCAUUACAAUGAAUUGAUAACCUACUGGAUAUUGGAAGGCUAUCUUGGCAACAUAAGUUCUAUUCAGAAAGCUUUUGAGAAGGGUCAUAGUAUUGUGAUGGAGCUUAUUGAAUGCCACAUGCUGAAGGAACUAGAGGGUGGUUAUGUGAUCAUUAAUCGGAAUAGGGUCUCAGGUAUAAGUGACUGGAGAGACAUGGGAUUUCAUGAAACAGUUACUAUAGGAUUGGCCACUGUUUUUGAUGAUAAUUGGACAGGAUUUGGGAGAAUCACGCAUAAAGAUGGUGUUAUCAGAACACUUUUUAAGGACAACAAAGGCAAGAAUCUUUCAACCUUGCUCCUGGAUGGAAAUUAUUUUGGAGUGGAAGACUUGAAUAAGUUCUUGAAAUAUAAGGGAGCUCAAGUUCUUGCUGUUUUUCACCCAACAAUGACAGAAUUGCCAGAAUCAGUCUCUGCUCUGACCAAACUUGAUAUACUUGUGCUUAGAGGCUGUGACUACUUGGAAAAAUUCGACCACACUCUACAGUCUAACUUGACUGUGCUUGAGAUAUCUGGUGCUACCUCCUUGACAAAACUACCAGAAGAUCUCUUCAAGGCUAUGCGUCAGCUUCGUAGCCUCAAUCUUUCUCAGCUCAAGAUUGAAUCAUUACCUUCGUCUCUUUUUGAGCUUAAAGAGAUAAAGUGGUUGAUUCUUAGAGAGUGUUCUUGCUUAAAAAGUGUCUCAGGUUCCCUCAGAAACCUAGAACAUCUUUUACAUCUUGAUCUUUCUUAUGCCUCUUCUUUUGAAUCUUUUCUUGACACAAAUUUUCACUUCAAUAAGAAACUUCAAAUACUUGAUGUUUCUAAAACCAAGAUCAAAACCUUACCAUUGCUUAAAGAACUUAAAAAGCUCACACAUCUCCUUUUAAGUGACUGUGCUGAUUUAGAUAGACUGCGGAGCAUUGCUCCACUCACUAGUCUCCAGACUCUUGAUAUUUCAGGGGCUACAAAGUUCAAAGAGUUUCAUGAUUUAUCAUUAGAAAUGGUUGGUGAACUUAAGAUCAUUAAUCUAUCCGAUACUUCUCUUGAACUCCUACCUUCUCAUAUCAGCCAUCCACGACAACUCUUUCUUAAACGCUGUCUUAAGCUCAAGCAAUUAGAAUGCAUGGAUUCUCUCGAAAAGCUAGAGAUACUUGAUCUUUCUGGUUCUACUCAAUUGUCCGCAAUUGAAGAUGACUUCUUUGAUACCACAACAAGCCUUCAAGAACUCAACCUCUCAGAAACCAAAGUUAAAAAAUUACCAUCACUCUCCAAACUUCAAAAUCUCCGCCAGCUUUUACUAUCACAUUGCGAGUCAUUGCAAGAGUUGCCAGACCUGAAUGGCCUUGUAAAUCUGGAGGAGCUGGAUGCUUCUAAUUGUACAGCAUUGAAAGUGAUACCAGAUCAAUCAUUUGAGAAAAUGUCUCGUCUUCAGAAACUUGACCUUUCUAACACAAAGAUCGAGUCCCUGCCCACAUUGCCAAAUCCGGGUAGCCUCCAAAAGCUCUUACUUCAAAAUUGUAUGGACUUGAAAAAGUUUCCAAGUGAUAUAAUGCUACCUAAACUUGAAGAGCUUAAUCUUUCUGGUGUGGACCUGUCAGGAGAUGAUAGAGCUGCAUUCUUAAAGGAUAUGUCAGACCUUAAAACUCUCAAUCUAUCUGAAACCAAUGUCCAAAGUUUGCCAUCCAUGUCAAACCUCAAAAACCUCAAUGCUCUUAGUCUCAGGGGUUGCAAGCAUCUUGAAGUGGUUCCAGAUUUGGCAGCACUUACGAAUCUAGAGGCCCUGGAUCUCUCCGGAACAGCAGUUAAUGGAAUAGAGUCACUAAGGAGUUUCAAAAACCUCCGCCAGUUUCACUCAAGCACUAAAGAUUUUCUUGAUGUGACACUGAAUACUUUACUGAGUGAUACCACUACUUCUCAACUUCCCGAUGAGAUCUUGGAUUUACCACACCUUGAGCUUCUUGAAUUGCCUACGGGGAAACAAGAUCAAGAAGUUGACACCACAGAAUCAGAGAAAACAAGUCCUGAAUUGCCUACGGGGAAACAAAAUCAAGAAGUUGACACCACGGAAUCAGAGAAAACAAGUCUUGAAUUGCCUACGGGGAAACAAAAUCAAGAAGUUGACACCACGGGAUCAGAGAAAACAAGUCUUGAAUUGCCCAUGGGGAAACAAAAUCAAGAAGCUGACACCGCAGAACCAGAGAAAACAAGUCUUGAAUUGCCUAUGGGAAAACAGAAUCAAGAAGUUGACACCGCAGAAUCAAAGAAAACAAGUCUUGAAUUGCCUAUGGGGAAGCAAAAUCAAGAAGCUGACACCACAGAAUCAGAGAAAACAAGUCUUGAAUUGCCUACGGGGAAACAAAAUCACGAAGAUGACACCACAGAACCAGAGAAAACAAGUCUUGAAUUGCCUACAGGGAAACAAAAUCAAGAAGUUGACACCACAGAACCAGAGAAAACAAGUCUUGAAUUGCCUAAGGGGAAACAAAAUCAAGAAGUUGACACCACAGAACCAGAAAAAACAAGUCUUGAAUUGCCUACGGGGAAACAAAAUCAAGAAGUUGACACCACAGAAUCAGAAAAAACAAGUCUUGAAUUGCCUACGGGGAAACAAAAUCAAGAAGUUGACACCACAGAAUCAGAGAAAACAAGAGGGGACGUAAAUAAGCAACAAUGGAUGAUGUCUAGCUGGCCAGUAGACUUAGAAGUUCACAACGACAAACAUGGCUUAUAUGUAAGUUGUGCUCGACUUGAUGAGCUCUUGGAAGAUCCCUCUUUGUGGGAUACAGGUUUCAAGCAAUUCCAUUUUCUUGUUAGUCCUCUCAACCAACUCAAUGAGAAGAAAGAUUAUAAAAAACUAUACAAAAUGGAGCUUAUCUUCAGAAGUAUCUGCAUCCAGGCUUGGCAAUUUGUUCAUCCUAUGGAACAAGUACGCUCUUUGGAAAUUCGUGGAUUCCAACAUAACCCUGCAAGCCUUGAAGUUAUCCUCCAUCAUGCAGAAGUUGUAUACAUAAUUGAUAAUCCAUUUAUUACAUCCUUUUUGGAUUUUGGUGCAGAGCAUAUAAAGAACUUGAAAGUCUGUUGGAUCGAAAGAUGUGAUAACAUAAAGAGUAUUUUUGAUGCUGAGAAGAUGAAUUCCACUGCUGAACCAGAACAAAACACAAACAUGUUGGAGGAUAAUCUAGAGAUCAUUUCGGUUUCCAAUGCUCCUAACCUGAAGGGUAUCGUACUAGGUAACCUCCAUGGAAUUCUGAAAAAUCUCAAGUGUCUGCACCUUGACUGUUGCCCAAACAUUCCAACUCUCUUUGGUGCAUCACAAAAGCUGGAGAGCCUCGAGGUACUUGAAAUCAAAUUCUGUGAUGGACUGAAGACUCUGUUCGAAGAUGAGUCUGUGCAUUUGCCAAAGUUAAAAAACUUGCAUUUACGAGCUCUCCCAAAUUUGGAAAAGGUGGGCUGUGUUGCACCAAAGCUAGAGUCAUUACAAGUUGUUGAUUGCCCCAAGCUUGUAACAGUUCUCUCAACGUCCACAAAUCUCAAAGUCCUCCACGUCAAAUGCUGCGAGAAGAUGACAAGUGUCUUUAAUGACAAGCAAUCAAACAGUACUCUGCCUCAACUACAGGAAUUACAUUUGUGGGGACUGCCAGUGAUGAGUAGCAUUGGAGCUAAUGUGCCGUUUCUUAAAAAGAGUAUCGUCAGGGAAUGUCCAGUACUAGAGGAUGAUUUACGCAGUACAGACACCAAGUAGUGGAGCUCUUACUCUGAUGUAGAAUCCAGAGAACUUCCAUGUUCUUCUUCGACAUUCCUCAUUUAAUUUCAGGUGGCAUCAUUGAACUCUGAAGCCCUGCGUCGAUAUUUUCAGGACCGGUGAAUAACAUGUGCAAAUAGUCCCAUAACACAGUACCUCAAAAUUAAUUAUUUAGUUCUGCACAGGGUCUCCCAAAUUAUCGAGUCAGGCCCGGACGUCUUCAAAAUCUAUCAGCAAUUUUUUAAAUAUUUCUUUGAUCUACAGUUUUUCAAAGGUGUGCUGAGUGCAGAGUUGCAGUUUUGUCCAUAACAGCUGCUUCUCAUAACAUUCUGCUGCUCUCAUUGUUGUAAUAAUUUUAAUUUAUGUUUUUUUUUCUAAAUGGUUUUAAUUUAUGUACAAAAACUCUGGAUUGUCAUACAUGUAUGUAUAAAAUUAGUAUUGGUUUGAUAUUUCA